AUGACCGAUAUCAAUAUUGCAAAAUACACCAAAGAUAAUUGGGAAUCUUUAAGACACGAAUGGGAACCUUACGCUAAAAGAGAUACGUUAUGUCUCGGAGCUUGUUUGAUAAAAUAUAACAAAGUUAUGAAAGAAGUUGUAUUCCAGAAUAUUUCCAAUAAUCUAACGGCUCCUUUAUCUUUAAAGGAAAUAGUUAAAGCCGGUGGUAAAAUACUCAGGAUAUUGGAUGGUAUAGCAUACGAAGAAAAUUUUAAAACUCCACCAUAUAGAGAUUAUAUUUUAAUUUUGAGAGAUCUUAGAAAUAAAUAUAAACGAGAAGGUAAUGUCGUAGGUAGUCAUUGCAUGAAAUUAUUAGGUAAUUCAUUGUAUGUUAAAUCUAUUCAGAAUGAUAUAACUACAUCGAGACAUCUAUGGGGUGAAGCAACUUUAAAAACCAACUUCGAUUCACACGUCAAAAGCUUUCCUAAAGUAAAUGAAACUCAAUAUAUCGUUGAGAUAAAUGAAGAAGAAAAAGAAUUUGACUGUACACCUCCUAAAUCUACACGACUAACACCUAGUCAUUUGGGGUCAUUCGUAUUAUCUCACAGUAAAAAAUUAAUGAAUAAUUUUAUUCACGUAAUAGAUGGAUUUUAUAAGUCGGAAAUAUACUAUACAGAUACUGAUAGUUUAUACAUUUCGUCUAUCAAUUGGGAUAAAUUAACUGAAGGUGGGUUGGUGUUCGAAAAUGAUUAUUGUGAAGGAAAGAAUGAUUGA